AUGAACCAGACCAGCCAAGCAGGUCUGGUUGAGCUUGAGGCCGCAGAAAGGGAGAUUUGGAGGGAAGCCAUCGAGAUUUACAACCGUGACUGCCCCAACCACCCUAUCAGCCUCAUCGACCACAGAAACGGGCAGUCGGCACAGCCUCCUGACAACAUCGAGGAGUUGGUAGGGGUGGCCAAGGACCUGUGCGAGCAAUUGUACGCAGUGCAAAACGCGUCUGCCAAAAGAAGGGCCAUAACUUCGGCUCUUCAAGAGAUCCGCCAAUACGCCCCGAUUUUGGACGUUUUCUCCCAAGGGGCUCCUAGCGCCGUGUCGGUGUGCUGGGGAACGAUCCGGAUCGUCCUCGAGGUGACGUCGCGAGGCUUGAGCUUUGGUCAAGAGCUUCUCAACAACAUCUGUGCUGUCGCGCGCCGAGUCUUGACUAUCAGACAACAGCUACAGUAUCUCAUCAUCAAUAAGCAAAGUCGAGAUUCUAUUGUGCAGCUCUACGCCAUCCUCCUCAGCUACGCAACACGCAUUGCUCGAAUCUGCAAGUCGUCCCGUUGGAAUCGGGUCCUCAGAGGGUUGAGCAGUAAACUCCCAAGUAUUUACAAAGACUUCUGUUCUCUCGCGAACGAAGUAGAGGCCCAAGUCUCAACCCAAAGUGCUCAAUCUCUGGAGCAGCUAAGGCUGGUGGAGCUCGCACAUCACACUCAACUCCUGCUCAACCUCGACGACACCAAGAAAAUGCUAGGGAAUGGGAUUGCAUCUGUCCGGAGUGACCUUGGGUUCCAGCAUGACUUGGACGCCAGAGAUCAACAACUCAGCAAGUGGCUGACCACGGAUCUCAUCCCACACAGUGCUCCGCCAGCAACUGCGAAAGGGACGUGCACCUGGGUCUAUGAGCACCCAAAGUACUGCGCAUGGAUAUCCUCCACGCGUACCAAAGCUCUUUGUGUCCGGGGACCACGAGGUUCGGGCAAGUCGUCAUUGUCCCAUGCAAUGGCCCGCUCCGCGGCUGAAGCAGGCCAACUUGUGAUACACGUUUCGGUUCUUCCAGUCGGCACCUUCAGUCAGACACCCGCCAGCAAUCUUGUCGUCUCACUCUUAGCCCUCAUUUCUGAGCACCGCACCAUCAGGACAGACAAGAAUUUCCUCAAAAUUCGUGACAUUCUGAUUGGCGUGCAGAUGUAUGGAUCACGAACAGCUGUUGCGGUACCCACGAAAACUCUGAUGGAGAAGCUGCAAAGCAUUAUCGCUCUUGUGCCACCGCUCUUGCUGAUCAUCGACGGCCUGGAUCAGCUCAAAAGCACGGCUGACUGUCAUCAAGAGGAUUACUGUCGUCAAGAGGAUUCAGCAAACGAACUCGUUGCUUUGAUCAGUGGCAUCCCCACCAAAUCCUCCGUUUCGCUGAUUACCCUGACACGGCCUCGAGAUUGGAUCUCCCAAAGUAUGGAUGAGGUGAUGGAGCUAGACAUCACCAACGACAUUGCCAACAACGACAUUGCCAUCCUCGUAGGCGAAGCGGCGCGGCUAUUUCCACGUUUGGAAGUGGUUAAGCAUGCCAUUAUUGCCACAAUCCAGGCCAAGGGCAGCGGCGAUUUCAACUACGCCAGGAUGUUAUUGAGCCAGAUUCAACAAUGCCGAUCCCCUGCGAAUCAAGGGCGGAUACUCGAAACGAGCCCCGCAGGAUUGGAGGCCAUGUUUCGAGAAUUAUCGGCAAAGAAGGUCACGAGUCUCAGUCUUGAGGACAGAGCCCACAGGUCAAAGAUUUUGUACCUCGUUGCUGGCGCUCAACAGCCCUUGGCCCCUUGUCAAAUCAAUUCCGCCCUUAUGCUUGACCCGGCGAGGAACGUUGAGCCUCCAGGUGAGCAACAGUUCGAUCCGUCAGGGGCGAUAGCAGAUCUUUGCGAACCUUUCAUCAUUGUCUCCGAUGGCAAGGUCUACUUCCAAGAUGAAUCGGCACGGGAAUACGUGCUGAAAUUUGAGGUGACAACGGAUGACGCCAACACCUUCUUGCUGGAUGUCUGCUUGACGAAGUUAAUUGAGCAGAAAUAUAUGGAAUUGGACUGCUGCACCCACAUGCUGGAAGACAAUUUGCUUGAUCCAAGAGGUACAUCCGCGCCAAAUCCUCCAAACACCACGGGCGAUCCGGGUUUGUAUGACCACGCCACUUUGCAUUGGCACGAAUACGCUCAGCAACUACAAUACCUGCCUUCCGAGUUGUGGGAGAAGUUGCGCACCUUCCUGUUCCGGAACGCGUUUGUGUCAUGGGCCGAGAACCUUUACAUCCUCCUUGGCCGGGGUGGCCUUGACCCCCAUCUUCAGAGGCUAGUGGCAGUGGCAGAAUGGUAUAAACGCUCACCAGACGUGUCAAAACCUGAGCUACCCAUUGGCAAUCUGUUCCUGCAGCCAUACCGGGAUGUGAGUGCAAUGUUGGGGCGUCGGGACGACAGACCCGAGCUGCAAUUCCUUCCUCUCAUACGCGUGAAUGGAUACCUCAACAACGGGGGACGGACAAGAGCAGACUUCGAAGAGGCGCUGCAGUAUGCUCAGCGCGUAGUUGACGGAUUCACCAAGUAUCUCGGACCCCGAAAUCGGAACACCCUGAACGCAAGACUGGUAUAUUACCAAGGGAUCCUGGCGUUGAGACGACCAGAUGAAGCAGCUGUUGGUUACCAAGACGUUCUGAAGCUGCAGAAGGAGCUUCUUGACGAAGACGAUAUCGACAUCUACGUUACGACUCGAUGGAUCGGUAUUUGCUACCAACUGCUUACCAGGUUCGAUGAGUCUCGCGCAAUGCUGGAGGAAGCUCUCGCAGGAUUUAAGCGUAAGCAGGGUGCGCGUUCCAAGGCUGUUCUCGCGGUGUCAAUGGGAUUGGCGAACACUUUCGACUGUGCAGGUAAUAUUGGCAAAGCAUCGGCGGCCUAUGGCGACAUCUACGACAAGUGGGUCACCGUCAACGGCACCUCCAACUUGUUCUCCGCCUGGAUUUUGACCUCGUUCGGCUCGGCUCUGCGAAAACAGGAACAGUACGAUCGGGCGGAGGAACUGCUCUUUGAGGCGUUUGCCACAAGGCUGCGGCUUCUGACGAUUGAGAACGACACCACAGUGGAUUCGGGGCUGCACUUAGUGGUGCUCUACCGAGAGAAGAGAAUGCGCGACCGUGCUCUGGCUUUCUUGGCCCAGAUCCAAGAGUCUCAGGCUUUCGAGCUUACCUUCGAGCGGCUGUGUCAGAGAGAACACCUCAGGGCACUGCUUGCAUUCGAUAAUGGUGAAUACGAGGAGCCGCGCAAUGCUUUGACCCGGCUGGUCAUGCUGUCGACUGGGGAGAACCGCGAGCAAAACAACCGUGAGCUGUUGUGGGUGCGCCUUAAUCUCGCGGACGCUGCUCGCCAUCACCACGAUGAUCACUCUAUCCCAUCACUGUUCACAGAGCUGGUUGUUUCCACGGACGCAGAGUUUUCGGCAGACUCCGAUUGCCCCCCUGACCAUUUCGGCGUUUCGCCUCCUUCCCCGUCCUCUGAAGAUGCUGUCUGGCUUGAUAACCCUCGACACCUUGAGAUUGCGGAACAAGCAUUGAGGCUCACACGGGAUGCGCGCCCCAAGGAAGCACGGCGACUCUUGGAGAGCGAGAAGUUGAAAUGGGUCCGGGACAAAGACUUUUGGCUAUUCGGAGGUGGUCCGAAAGCCGAUACCGACACGGUGAGAUAUCGUGCACCACGACAUGUUGAUACAGACCAAUGCGCUUGCCAGUUGGGCGGAACAGGACUUGACAACAUCACCAGCCCCUGA